AUGGAUCCCAAUAUGGUCAAGCUUUAUCUCUUUGGCGACCAGACCUAUGACGUCGGGCCUCACUUGAAGUCGCUACUGUUAGAGUCGCAUCACGGAAAUGUUCUUAUGACCGACUUCUUCCACAGAUGCUACAAUGCUCUCCGUGCGGAAAUUUACCGGCUACCUUUCCAGGAACGAGAAUCCCUUCCCAGAUUCACCUCUAUCGAAGACAUAAUUUUAUGGAGGACCACGUCGCCAGACGAGGCACGACACUGCGUCCCUCUCGACAUGUCCUUAACUUGCAUUUAUCAUAUUGCCGCCUUCAUCUCUCAAGUCAAACACGCAUAUCCAUCCCCGCAGAAGUGCCGCGUUCUGGGGCUAUGCACUGGUACUCUUGCAGCCGCGGCAAUUAGUUGCGCCCAAAGUCUGGAAGACCUGAUUCCUACGGCCGUGAUUGCUAUGAUAGUGGCCUUUCGGACGGGUGUGGCCGCUGCGAGUGGAGGCAAGCGUGCCACAAGUCUCGGUCAAUCAGACACCAGUUCCGGAUUUUCACGGUCUUGGUCUCUUGUUGCUGCCGGCCCCGCUGCCUCUCAAGCUGUAAAGAACUUUGGCGAGCAAAGUGCACUUCCAUUGACUGCCCGUCCGUUCAUCAGCGCCCAUGCACUGCAUGGUAUCACGGUCACUGGCCCACCUUCCUCACUCGCCAAACUAACUGCUUCUGAGGAGUUCACCAAGAUCAAAUACAAGGAUAUCCCCAUCUUUGCCCCUUAUCAUGCGAAUCUAUUGUUCUCCCAGGAGGACAUACGCGAGGUUCUGAAGGGUGCAUCCGGGCCAGAGCUGACCAGCCUUGCAAAGAUUCCAGUGCUCUCGCCUAGUAGUGGCCAAAUAUUGCAGGCCGAAGACUUCCAGUCACUUUUGCAGGCCGCCGUAAAAGGGAUUCUUCUCCAGGAGAUCAACUGGACCCAGAUCUUGAGCGGGAUACAGGCCGCUUUUGAAGACUUCGAAGGCUUGCAACUCGAGGUCGCCCCUAUCGGUACAGCCGCCGACCAGCUUAUCCACACCGGUCUUAAGCAAACCCCCUUAGGGCGUUCACUACUUACACUUCCACCGGGAUCGAAGCCGUCAUUCAAACAAGAGCCCUCCUUCUCACCUAGUCCUCCAAGGAGCUAUUCCGCGCCUGGAAAGCGCUCCAAGAUUGCGAUUAUCGGCAUGUCUGGUCGCUUUCCUGGUGCAAACAGCACCGAAGCAUUCUGGGACCUUCUUAGUGAAGGCCUUGACGUGCACAAAGAAGUCCCUCCACUCCACUGGAACAAGUCAACGCAUUUUGACCCCACGGGAAGGGGCAAAAACACCUCCGCCACACCCUAUGGCUGCUGGCUUGACGAUCCGGCUGCGUUUGAUGCGCGCUUCUUCAAUGUCAGCCCUCGCGAAGCACCGCAGAUCGAUCCUGCACAGCGCAUCGCGUUAAUGACGGCAUAUGAAGCCAUUGAGCAGGCAGGGAUUGUUCCUGACGCAACACCAUCGACGCGUAGAGAUCGCGUUGGUGUGUUCUAUGGGGUGACGAGUAAUGAUUGGAUGGAGACGAAUAGUGCGCAGAAGAUUGACACCUACUUUAUCCCCGGCGGUAAUAGGGCGUUCAUACCUGGCCGUAUCAACUACUUCUUUAAAUUCAGUGGGCCAAGCUACGCGAUCGAUACGGCUUGUUCAUCAAGUCUUGCAGCCAUUCAUACCGCCUGCAACUCUCUUUGGGCAGGGGACAUCGAUACAGCUAUCACAGGCGGCACAAACGUUCUGACAAAUCCAGACUUCACGGCUGGUCUUGAUAGAGGUUAUUUUCUCUCCAGAACAGGUAACUGCAAAACCUUCGAUGAUGCAGCAGAUGGCUAUUGCAGGGGUGAAGGUGUCGGGACCGUCAUUUUGAAACGGCUUGACGACGCUGUUGCGGACAAUGACCCGAUUCUUGGUUUGAUCCUUGGGGCUUAUACAAAUCACUCGGCCGAGGCCGACUCUAUUACUCGUCCACACUCUGGUGCUCAGAGGGCAAUGUUCAACAAGAUUCUGCAUAGCACUCAAGAUGUUGUCGAUCCAACAAGCAUCAGCUACAUUGAGAUGCACGGGACGGGAACACAAGCCGGAGACGCCUCCGAGAUGCAGAGCGUUCUAGAUACCUUUGCCCCGGCGGUAGGUGUUCGAAACAACAAGCAGCCUCUUUUCCUCGGGAGCGCCAAAGCCAACAUCGGCCACGGUGAAGCAGCGUCCGGUGUGUCGAGCCUUAUCAAAAUCAUGCUGAUGAUGCGAGAAAACAUGAUUCCCCCCCAUUGUGGAAUCAAGUCUAAGAUCAACCACAAGUUCCCAACAGACCUCACUGAGCGCAACGUCAGAAUUGCACGAGACGGUCCAGUUUCCUGGCAGAGAAGCAUUUCUGAGCCAAGGAGGGUCUUUGUGAACAACUUCAGCGCUGCCGGAGGAAACACAGCCCUAUUGAUAGAGGAUGCACCUCAUAGCGAUGAGAUGGAUGCCAUUGGGGAAAAGGAUACAAGGACAACUCACCUUGUCGCCAUCUCCGCAAAGAACGCCGCUUCUCUGCAGGGAAACCUCAACUCUAUGCUUCGCUUUAUUGACCAAAGGCCCGCCGCCUCAAUCAGCGACCUAUCAUACACAACCACGGCCCGGCGCAUUCAUCAUCCGCACCGUGUCAUGCUGGCAACAUCCUCCUUUGACGAUCUGCACCUUCAGAUACAAAGUGCAAUUCGGGACCAGGCCGGCGCCAAUCGACCAAAGGUUCACAAAAUGGUGUUUGCCUUUACAGGUCAAGGUGCUCAGUUCGCGGGCAUGGGUAAGGUCUAUCUGCACAAUUUCUCCGUCUUCCGCACCGAGAUCUAUCGACUUGACCAUCUUGGUCAAUGUCUUGGAUUUCCAUCAGUGAUUCCCGUGUUCGAAGCGGAUGAAUCGGAGAACAUUCUCGAGUCCUCGCCGGUAGCUGUCCAGCUUGCCAGCAUUUGUAUGCAAAUCGCUCUGACAAAGCUCCUAUCUUCCUGGAAUAUCUCCCCAACUGCGGUCGUUGGCCACAGCCUCGGCGAGUUUGCCGCACUGAACGCCGCGGGGGUGCUCUCUGAUGCGGACACAAUCUAUCUCGUGGGCAAGCGGGCGGAAAUGAUCCAGGAGAAAUGCUCUCAGGGCACACACUCAAUGCUUGUUGUCAGGGGCUCGGUGGGAGAGAUUGAGGCCGCUCUCCGUAUGGCAGAGACCAAAUAUGAGUUUGCUUGUGUCAACUCACCCUCGGAGACGGUCCUCGCUGGAAAAACAGCUGAUAUGGACAAGGUGGCGGAGGUCUUGGCUCGCUCUAGGAUCAGGACAACAAUACUUAAGGUCCCUUACGCCUUUCACUCAUCCCAGGUUGAGCCCAUUCUGGAGGACUUCGCCACCCUUGCUGAGGGUGCAACAUUUUCUGGGCCGCGUGUGCCGGUUAUCUGUCCUUCGACUGGAGUAGUUGCUUCGCCAACUGAUGUGGACUUGGUUUUCUGCGGGAAAUAUCUCGCUCAGCAUUGCCGCGAGCCCGUGAACAUGCUCAAGGCGCUCAACACCGCUCACGACGAUCGUGUCAUCACCAGCGAGACCGUUGUUCUAGAAGUAGGACCCCACCCAGCCAUCUCCGCCAUGGUGAAGGCAACACUAGGGUCUCAAAUCACAACUUUACCCAUGUCUCAACGGACCAGCUCCUCCAAGCAGUCAAAGUCUCCUUGGCAAGUGCUUACUGAAACACUCAGGAGACUAUACUGCGUGGGCACAGAUAUUCGUUGGACUGAGUAUCAUCGUGAUUUCGCGUCAGCACACAAAGUGGUUCCAUUGCCUGCUUAUAGCUGGGAUCUGAAGGACUACUGGAUCCAAUACGUGAACGACUGGUCACUCAGGAAAGGUGAUCCCCCACUCUUGAUCGGGGACUUUACCACCUCUCGUCUGGACAGCACGACCAUCCACAGGGUUGUGAGGGAGACUCCGGGUCCCACUGAGAACAACUUAAGCCUCGUGGUGGAGGCAGACAUUGCCAGGCCGGACCUCAAUCCCCUUGUCCAGGGACACAUGGUUGACAAUAUCCCCUUGUGCACGCCGUCAGUAUACGCUGAUAUCGCCCUUACCCUUGGAAAGUACCUCGUCGAGAAGUACCAACCACAGCUGUGUAAUGAGCAAUUGGUUGUCGAUGUCUCAGAUAUGACAAUUUCAAAGGCGUUGAUAGCGAAACCUAAGGGUCCGCAGCCGUUUCAGGCGCAGACCGAGGUGGACUGGCGCGCUAAAGAAGCUGCAUGUAAGUUUGUCUCCUUCGACAGCAAGGGACAGCCCCAGGAGCAUGCACGCUGCGUGAUUCGCUUCCAGGACAGGGCCUACCAGCAGAAGCUGCAAAAGGACUCCGUAAGGAUUAUGGAGAAGAUGCAGGCACUUCGCAAAGGUAUCGCAGCUGAGACAACGGCGAGAUUCAACCGAGCCAUGGUCUACCGGAUGAUCCGACCUCUGGCCCAGUUCCACGCGGACUACCGUGCAAUUGAUGAGUUCGUUCUUGACAGUCAUACUCUUGAAGCUUCUAGUCGGGUCAGUUUUGGAAGUGUAAAGCGAAACAAAGACGACAGGUUCCAUACGCAUCCGGCCAUCAUCGACGCACUGACACAAAGUUGCGGAUUCGUCAUGAAUUGCAAUGACGGCUGUGAUCUCGAUGUCGAAGUCUUCAUGAAUCACGGAUGGGGUUCGUUCCAAAUAUAUGAAGAGAUUCAAUUUGGAAAGGCAUACACUACUUAUACUCGCAUGCAUGAGGGUAAGGACAGGCUCUGGCAUGGAGAUGUUGCAGUCUUCGACGGUGACACGGUGGUCGCAUCGUUUCAGCAGCUUGCAAUUCAAGGUGUGCCGAGAAGGGUUCUACAGGUCAUUCUAUCUCUUGAAAGUGGCAAAAAGGCACAAAAGCCUCAGCUCACCUCCUCAGCGGGGCCAGCAGCGCUGGCGCCGACCAGUACAGCGACUCAAGUGCGGCCCAGCAAGGUCUCCUCUGCAUUGCAAAUAAUCUCGGAAGAAAGUGGCAUUUCGGUAUCAGAUCUGACCGACUCCAGUCUCUUCAGUGACCUGGGUGUCGAUUCUUUGUUAUCUUUGACUAUCACGGCGAGGUUUCGUGAGGAGCUGGAUGUCGAUAUUGACUCGACGUCAAUGGUUAUGGAAUUCCCAUCGAUUGGUGACCUGAAGAAGCUCUUCAAAGCGGAAGAGAACGAGAUCAUGCCAUAUCCGGACUUCAACAGACCUUCGGAAGAUAUUCGCAAUCCUUCUGUCGGGCGGGAUCUUGUCGUCGCACCAUCGUCUAAUGUGGUUGAACGUGCCCUUCACAUCAUCUCGGAGGAAAGCGGAGUCGCUAAGUCGGAUCUGACAGAUGAUACUCACUUCACAGACAGCGGCAUUGACUCACUUUUGUCACUUGUCAUUGUCAGUAGGUUCCGUGAUGAGCUCGAACUUGAGAUCGAUCAUGAGUCCUUGCUGAUGGAGUGCCCCACUGUCGCCGACCUGAAAUUGUACCUCCUUGGUGGUGGCUCCACACCAUCGGAUCAAGAGUCGACCGAUCAUACUAGGUCUCCAAGUGACAGCAGUAACACCCCAUCCAGCCCUGCUAGCGACCCGGAGGAAGAUGACGAGCUCAUCGAAGUCAAGCCCGAAGACCUUAGCCCAGAAUCUCGAAUUUUAGACCGAAGCUCUCUCCCAGAGGCCGUUGCAACCGCCAAAUCCACGUCACUCAUUAUCCAGGGCUCACAACGCACCUGUACGAAGACCCUGUUCCUCUUUCCCGAUGGUUCGGGAUCUGCGACUUCGUACGCUGGUAUACCACGCAUCUCUCCUGAUACCUGCGUCGUAGCAUUCAACUCGCCCUUUCUCAAAGAUCCAGAGUCCUUAAGAGCCUGCCCAUUGGAUCAUUUGAUCGAGGUCUACCUCACAGAGCUUCGUCGCCGACAGCCCUCUGGGCCAUAUCAUCUUGGAGGUUGGUCCGCAGGUGGAGUGCUGGCAUAUCGAAUGGCACAGUCCCUCGGAAUGCAAGGCGAAGAAGUGGCGAGCCUGACACUCAUUGACUCACCCUUGCCACUUAACGGGCUAGAUCGGCUUCCGAAGCAUUUUUACGACUUUUGCCGAUCGUUGCAUCUCUUCGGAGGCGGCCAACAUGGCAAACCAGCUAGCUCACGACAGCACACACACACGUUCACGGAUGCGGAGCACGACAAACUCAUCUCCCACUUCAAUGCGUCCAUUGACGUGCUGCACGAGUACCAUGCAACACCGUUGAGACGUGAAAAGUGCCCGAAGAAGGUGUCUAUCAUUUGGGCUCCCGACACCGUCACAGACCGCCCUGGCGUGAAGAAGAUGGAGCCACACCCCGAUGACACGGAAGGGAUGAAGUUCCUCACCGAGCGGCGGACUGAUUUUGGAGCAAACGGUUGGGACAAGCUGUUUCCCAGUAAAAACUGCGAGAUAAAUAUCAGGAGAGUUGAAGAUGCGCACCACUUUUCAAUGAUGCGUGAGCCAUAUGCCGCGGAGCUUGCGGCCCAUAUACGCGAGAAUCUGAUCUGA